AUGUCCGUUGGAAACAGCCAAACAGUUUCGAUUGCCAAUUUAACAGACAAGAAAAAUGAGAACAAAGAAGUUGUCGCGGAUGAAUUUCUUCCCGCCACGAAGGCUUGUGAAGCAAUCCAGGGCUCCAUCCUUCUCAGUUUUCUUCGGCAGGAGAACAGGGUUGAUGUUGGGGAUAACUCCGCCGUUGGCAAUGGUGACUCCGGCCAAAAGCUUCCCGAGCUCCUCGUCGUUCCUCACAGCCAACAGCAAGUGCCUUGGGAUGAUCCUGUUCCUCUUGUUGUCCCUUGCAGCAUUUCCAGCAAGCUCAAGAACCUGAACCACAGAUUAACCCAUUAA